GGCCUCGCCGCUUUAGGGCUCCAUACGAGUUAUGCAUGCCAAGCCAUCGUCCUUCGCUUGUACGUGAGAAACGGCGAGGAAUCGGCAGGCCCAUCCAAUCAAGAGCUAUUCCACCCCACAGUGACACCUUCCCGCAUGACAAUGUUCUGGAAUAGGCAUGCCUAAUGCAGGAACCAAGCAGGAACAGUGUCUGAAACCCAUUUUGGUUUUUCCACACCCGUUGUUUUUAUCUUUGGUGCGAGAAAAAGUAUCCAAGACGUCAGAUAUCGUUGCUGUCGUUGGACCACGGCCAUGUUCUGGAAGUCAAAGUUACCGGAUCCGACGACGCUCAAGUAGCUUGUCCCAAACCAGUGCCUGGCACCACGACUCACUGUGGCCUCACGAUCCAACAUGUGGCCUGUUGCGACUCCACUUGCCACAAAGCCGGUGCCGGGGAACAUGGCCGGGUUUCCCUUCGUCUCAGCGUCGUCGAGUCCCUGCAUCAGAUCGACUUCUUCCUCUUGUUGAAACUAAGUCGACGUCAAUCACGGGAUGGCAGGUCGACUCUGCUCUGGCCGACCCCACCAGAUUUCCACAGAGUCAAAUGCUUUCAAACUUUGCUGCCCUGAGUCGACGGAUAUCGAUUACUCGUGCUCGCUGCAUCACGAAGCCGCUCGUCCAGCAUCUUGCCACUUUGAAUAACAAUUGAUGCAAUUCCAUCUUGCCUCCGAGGCAAACAGCAUGCCGGCGUGUGCAGUGGCAGUUUUACUUUUUUCCACCAUCGCACCUGUCCCAAGCACGACCUGAUAGCACAUGUCGCGCGGGAUGAUGCCAUUUGUCGGUGACGGGUUUCGGGUGACAAUUCCUCUGACUGUGAUUGUGCCUCUCGGUUUCCACAUUCGCAAAUCGCAACUGUGAGAUCCGCGUUGGAAGUCGCCGCACAGACA